AUGGGAUCCAGCUCGAAGCGCAAAGCAGUAGUGUCGGCUCCCAUAGUCCCAGAACCAAAUGAUGUGGAAAUGUCCGACGGUCAAUCCAAUGCAUCUGGCAAUGACGAGUCGGCCAUGAGUGAAAACGAAGAACAAUCCGGAGCACCCCAGCCUGUCAAAGCACCGGGAGUAUUCCAUGCACCCACCACGCAAGAGCUGGUUGAGCUCCGGGAGGGAACAGAGCUCUUCAAAUCAAAUUCAUUCAAGCUCCAGGCAAAACAACUGCUUCGUGAAGUAUCUGCGAGCGAAUCUCAGCGAAGCAUAGUAGAGAAGGUCCUGAUGUCCUUGCACGAACAUUUGAUAAAUUUGCCGUCGAUCGCACCCUGCAAGCCACCAAGUACAAUUAAAAAGCGGACCGCCGUUCCUUACCCUGCUCCUCUCCCAUCCCAAGACUCUCAAUGGACUGUUUCUUUUGAACCGCCAUCCAAUAUCCAGCUGGUUGGGAGUUGGGCAAAUGGGGUAGCAGUGCGUGGAAAUGACAAGACUGGGUUCUCGGUUGAUCUUGCAGUUGAAAUACCCUCGUCGCUACUCCGCGAGAAGGAUUAUCUCAAUGCAAGGUACUUCCACCAGAGGGCCUACUACCUUGCAAUCAUUGCAUCAAGCUUAUCGGCCAAAGGAAACCCUCUUGGACUGACAUCCGAUGAUCUACAUUAUGAAUCCCUAGAACACGACAUUCGACGAACUACACUGGUUAUCCUUCCCACAAAAGACUCGUCCUCCGACUUGGCCCGUUCCAAAUUCCCCCUCUCCAUCCGAAUCAUCCCCGUAUUGCCCUCAAAUAACCCAUUGAGCGAGCGACACCUCGGACCUGGCCGCGCUUGUAUACGAACCUCUGGUUUAUCCGACUUGGAUCCCGCACCUACGCCCCUAUAUAAUAACUCCGUACUACUUAGCACUACACCUGUCUCUCACCUCUUGUUAAUACACAACGCAAAGAGCCAAAUACCUGCAUUCGGUGAUACACUUGCGCUUCUCCGAGUUUGGGCCAACCAACGUGGUUAUGGGACUGGGACCGGUCAUAGGUUAGAAGAUUCGGCACAGCACGCGCGGUGUGUUCGCGGGUUUGGGUUUUUAGGUGCCUUGUGGGGUGCUAUUAUCGUAUAUCUGGUCCUUGGUGGUAAACCUGUGAAGGGCGUUAAAAAGCAGGCUCGUAUUGGGAGAGGUUUGAGUUCCUACCAGUUGUUCCGAGCAGUUUUGGAUUUCUUGGCAAAACACGAUUUCGCAACGGCGCCCAUAUUUCUUGCUGAAAGCCCCUUUGAGCUGGCUGAUUGGAAGGAGCACCAUGACGCGAUAUUCAUCGAUGGUAGUGGCAAGUACAACAUGCUGGCAGGUGUGCCUUUAGAGUCACUUGAAAUGUUGAAGCUCGAUGCUCAAUCGUCAUUAUUGCUUUUGGAUGAGUCCAGUGACGAGGCUUUCGAGGCUACCUUUUUGCACGAUCUUCGGAACCCAAGAUUGCGAUUCGACUAUUCACUUCGAGUGCCUCUGGAUGGCGCAAAAUCCAAGGUCGAGACCCUCAGCACUACUCUAGAAUGGUCUUCCCGCACGAAUGCGCUCAUUUCUCAGCUGACUUCGAUCAUCAGAAAAGCACUAGGCACCCGUGUCAAAGCAUGUGUUGUCCUUCAACCUGCUCCUACGCUUCGGCCUUUGUCCCAAUCAACACCCAAUUCUAUACCAUUUGUCGAACUCGGUCUUGUCCUGGACCAAACGGAAGCUCCCCGUUUAGUAGAUUACGGGCCUCCCGCAGACGAUUCAGCUGGCUCAGAGACCUUCCGCGCGUUUUGGGGUCCCAAAUCUGAGCUACGGCGAUUCAAGGAUGGUCGUAUCCUCGAAAGUGUAGUUUGGGAAGUAACCCACCCAGAUGAACGAGCCCACAUUCCUGGACGGUUGAUCCGGCAUAUACUCCAGUAUCACUUUGGGAUAGAGCUUGCCCCUGUUCAGCGGACUAUUUACGACGAGGUCGUACGAUUACCAUCGAGUGUUGUCAAACUUUAUUCGAGCGUUGCCGAGAACCUAAUGACGUUCCGACCAUCGCAAACAUCCUUUGACGCGCUUGUGAAGCAGAUUAAAUCCGCCGAAGACUUGCCAUUGGCACUAGUGACAGCUAGCCCGAUCUCUCCGAGUUUACGAGGAACUAGUGUUUUCUACCCUUGGCCAUUGGAUAUCGCACGUUAUGGAGCACUCCCAGACUCGAUCAAAUACGUCCCGCCUAUGGAAGCAAUCCUCCAACUCGAGAAAAGUGCUCGCUGGCCGGACGAUCUUGCCGCUAUUCAAAAAAUUAAAUUAGCCUUUUUUGUGGGUAUUGCCGAUGCGCUCCGAGCUCAGGACGAAAAGAUUCGUACGGCAGUCGCCCUUGACUCGGACGCCACCGAAACAGACAUUCAUGACAAUUGUUCACUCGAAAUACUUGCUCCAUCUGGAUUUGCCUUUCGACUCCGGAUUUAUCACGAUCGUGAAAAGACAUUAUUGGAUGGAAUUAUCUCGGAUACCAAGGCUGUUCCUGCGGUAGUUGCUGUAGCCAAAAAUGCAUUGCGCAUACAUGAGACGAGGUUUAUACAUACACCGAGGCAUCAUGCGGCCGUUGCAGCGCUCGGCCAUCGCUAUCCUUCGUAUGCGCCCACAGUCCGACUUGUAGUUCGGUGGCUUGGGGCCCACCUGCUCUUGACUCACAUUUCUCAUGCGCUCGUGGAACUCAUUGUCGCGCGCGAAUUCUUGAGACCGGGUCUCCCGCCCACAAGUGUCCCAACCGCAUUUGCUCGUGUCGUCCAAACGCUUGUAGAAUGGAGGUGGAGAGAGGAGCCGCUUGCUAUUCCGCUGUACUCUGCGUUGGACGAACAGGGUGAAAGAGACCACAAAAAGUUGUCCAAGGGCGCCGAAGAAGCGUGUCGUGCGUUGAGGGGAGAGGAUCCUACGCUCAGUCGAGGCGCUUGGGUUGUUUCCACCGAGGAGGAUGUGCGGGGGCUCAGAUGGGGUAGUCCUAAACCUAUUGUUGCAGCUCGAGUUCAGCAAAUCGCCAAGGCUACUCUGGAGCAUAUCUUGUCUCACGAAAUAAUUGAAAAGACCAUUUUCCUACACCCCCUUACCGACUAUGAUUUUAUAAUACGCCUAAACCCAUCCGUGCUUCCUCGAUACGGAGAGAACCUCGCCGCAGACCAACGCGUGUGGACUGCUUCGCGAGGUUUUGCGAACAAUCGUGAAGUUUCUUCGCCCCUUGUUGGGUUCGAUCCGGCAGCCGAGUAUUUGGCUGACUUGCGACGCUCGUUUGGUCACCUUGCACUGUUCUUCCAUGAUCCGCAUGGAGGAGACAUCAUUGCGGGGCUUUGGGACCCAAAACCCACUACUCAAGUCACACCGUUCAAGGUCCUGCUGGGGUACUCGACUAAACCUACGGACGGGGGAAAGGUCGUGUUUAACAAAAAGUCAGCCAUCGCAGAGAUGAAACUCAUGGGCGAGGGUAUGCCAACGUUGCUCCGCCAAAUGAUAGCUAAGCUCAACGCGGUUCGCCAAUCGCUUCGCUCUGCACUAGAUCAGUAUCUGGAGAUGUGCCUUGCCAUCGAUUACUCCUUUACGGACAACAGUUCACCUCAAUACGGCUUCGAGCUACUAACAAACGCCAUAGUGGAUGAGCUGGAACUUUUCACUUCAUACGAAAAAAAGCUAUCACAAGCAAAAGCUGCCCUUGGGACAGCUAGAAAUCGCUCUGCUAUUGCGGUUCCGUUCAGUCGCCUUCCUAAUGAUAUCCUCAUUCGAAUUUUUGAGCUGGUUACCACUGAGCACAGUUGCAUCGCUCACAAACAAAAACAAGCAAAUAAGUAUAUAGUUCCCAGAUAUCCUAGCCUCCUGGCACACGUCUGUUCCCGUUGGCGCCGAGUAGUCAUGUCAUCAACCUACCUCUGGUCACAUAUCGACAUCCCUACGUUCUUUUCUCAUAACAAAGAGACAUUUGCUGGAAUGGAUGAAUAUAUAGCUCAAUCUGGAGCUUCGCUCUUGGAUAUUCACAUUGUGGAGUUAGAUGGUUUGGACAACCCCGUUUUGACGACACCAGGCCCGUUGACUCGGGUGCUUGUGCCGCUCACAUCCCGAAUUCGAUCGCUUGAAAUAGAAUUGAGCGCACCAUACAAUAAAACGGGAGGAUAUUCUAUCAUGCUUUCUUCUUUCUUCUCCAACUGCACGCCGGGCACCCUCAAACGUUUGGCGAUAUGUCUGAACAAUUCCAAUGCACCCUGUUGUUUCAUCGCCGCGGCGUUCAGCGUCCCAAAGAGGAAUACCACUUCUUUUGGAGCUGCAGUGGAAAACGUAAUAUCGUUGUCCAUUCCCGAAAAGACUCUUGAGGAUCUCUGGUUUCCUGUUACUACGCUCGAGCUCAGGGGAGUAUAUCCUCGCUGGUCGAGCAAGGCAUAUUCUGGUCUGACUACACUUCGUUUGGGUUCCAAUGGAGGAUUUAGGGCCUCGGUUUCACAGGCAGAAAUUUCUGCUAUUUUGUCAUCUAGUCCAAAGCUUCGCAUUCUUGAUUUCGGCCUCAAUAUUACCUACGCUUAUUCUCCUGAAGAAGAAAUAAAGCCUGUGGGGCUCGACGAUCUGGAAGUACUGUUGACGGGAGAGCGAACCCCUGAACAGCUCGGCCGACUCCUUUGCUUGAUUGCCCCUGGUUCACGCCCGCUGAGCAUAUCUCUUCGGCAAUCCGCCGGGCGCCAUCGUACUCGAUUCAGCGCCGAGGUUCGGGACUUUUUUGCCCGCGCAAAUGUAGAAGUAGUUGGAAUGGCCGGCUCUUAUGCUUACCAACAAGUUAUUGAACUUCAAGAACUAGUGCCCGAGAUGCGUGCUCUAGUUUUCAGUCGAAUAAAUAUUCGGCAAAUUGAUUGGAACAGUGUGAGUCUCGGAGACCCCGAGACUGAUUUACAAGACCUCUACGUGCUUCGAGACACAAUGAUUUCGCAGGAUAACCUUCUCCGCAUGGUAAAGGCUCACCGCAUACACAAACUCAUAAUGGCGGAAGACGCCAAAAUUAUGGAUGCUAUUGGCCUGACCCCGGUUCUUGAUAAAAGAACGAUUCAUGAACAACUCUCGGCCCUUGAAGUUGAUCUUAAGCUCAUCGACUCAGAAGAACCGCAUCCCUUUCAAGAAUGGGAUUGGAGCUUUUGA